UCCAAGAAGGACGGUGUGAAGUGUAGAGGCUCUGACAUGAAAACGACACGCAAGGUUCCUUUGGGUUUAGCCGUUUAGGCCUCUGUUCGUCAUUUCGUCUUCUUCCUUGGUUUAGAACAAAAAAGUUGAGACCUUUUAACGAUUUUCUCAAGUUUGUUCCUCAGACUUGUUGCUAAGGAUAGUCUCAUGAAUCAUGACUUCCUCAGUCCAUGAGCUCUCUGAUAAGAAUGAUAGUACUGGGAAGCAAGAACGUUCAGAUUCCCAAAGCCGACCACCGGCUCCUUCAGGACGAAGUUCGGAAUCUGUUGAUACAAACUCUGUCUACUCAGAGCCCAUGGCACAUGGGCUCUACCCGUAUCCAGAUCCUUACUACAGAAGUGUCUUUGCACAGCAAGCCUAUCUUCCACAUCCCUAUCCUGGGGUCCAAUUGCAGUUAAUGGGAAUGCAGCAACCAGGAGUUCCAUUGCAAUGUGAUGCAGUCGAGGAACCAGUUUUUGUUAACGCAAAGCAAUACCAUGGUAUACUCAGGCGCAGGCAAUCCCGCGCAAAACUUGAGGCACGAGAAAGAGCCAUCAAGUCAAAGAAGCCGUACAUGCAUGAAUCCCGUCAUUUACAUGCUAUAAGACGGCCUAGAGGAUGUGGUGGGCGGUUUCUCAAUGCAAAGAAGAAAAAUGGAGACCAUAAAGAGGAGGAGGAGGAGGAAACCUCUGAUGAGAACACUUCAGAAGCAAGUUCCAGCCUCCGGUCUGAGAAAUUAGCCAUGGCUGCUUCUGCUCCUAAUGGUAGAUCUUGAGCAAGGUUCUUACUGGACAACCAAGUUUAGUCUCUGUUUUGGGUGGAUAUUUGUCUCAGAGGAUCAUCAUAUUUAGUGUUUUGGACAUCUCUGUGUAUAGGUCAUUGUUAGGGUUACUUUUGGUUUAGUGAUUAGAAAUAAAACUGAGCAAAGAAAUGAAGUGUGAUUGAAAGUAUUGUUGUACCAAAAAAAUAUAUUCUUUGCAUAUGAAUGAACUCAUGUUUUGGAAAGUAAACUAAUGUUCUUAGCUUUGUUAGCUAUGAUUUUGAUGAUCAAAUUUACAGUCAAAAUUGUGUUA